UUUCUAAGGUGACUGACGCACUAUACCCCCGCCAUUGUCGUAGGACAACUUGGCAAAACGCGUGAGUCUCCAGCAGCAUCCUCACAUGAUCGCACUGACGCAACGUCUUUGGAACUGUGCAUUGCAAAAUGGAGAGAAGAAACUCAAAUUCGCUGAGUACGAGACGUAUAUGCUGUGCUUGCACCGCUUGAUUCUGCCAGAAUUCGAUAUCGGUGCCUCGAAAGAACUCAUUAGGGACGACUGGAAGCGAGACAGCGGGAAGCAGGAUCAUCUGGACUAUCCUUUCUUCCACCUGUCAAUGUUCGAGCUUGUCGGUGAGUACAAUGCAGACUUCACGAUCUCCAUGGUAUUUUAUAUUGGCAUUGUAUGCGAACUGUAGAUCUGUGGACCGACACCGUUGACCCCGAAGAUUACAUCUCGCUGUUGUAUUGCAUCACCCACUGCCUAACAUACCUCCGUAACGAACGUCACGUAUUAAAAUCCCUUGAAGAUGUGUCAAAUGUUGAUAUUUUAGAGAAGUCAAAGGGGGUAACACUGGAAGUCAUUAAGCAAGACUUGCAACGAGAAUUAACCAGUGAAGCGUUUAAAUACUAUCGGGAUCAGAUCAAGAUCGCGACAAAAACACCUCACAAUGCCGAGCAAGGAUCAAAUGAACGAACCAGCUCGAGGAGACAGUCGCGAAGCAAGCAACGCGGAAACGAAAAUUUCUCAAGAACGCAAUCGCGGGGACCCAACGAACCUAGUAGUCCGAGACGACAGUCGCACAGUCAACAAGGUGAUAGCAGAAGCUCAUCUAGAUCCCACUUGCGAGGAGCGAAUGAUUCUGGCAAUACCCCGAGGCGACAGUCACUAAGCCAGCAAGGCGGCAACGAAAGCCCAUCUGUAUCUCAAUCGAGCGACCGUAAACACUCGUUAUCGAGAAGUGACGAAAGAGAUGGAACCGUCAGGAAGAACUCCGGUUCAACACCACAACCCCGUCAAAAUCGGUCUAGUAGCGGAGCUUUCGGUCAGAAUGCCCCAAGACACAAGUUCUCUGUGCAAGUCAAUACGAAUGCGCUCAAUCUGACAGCAGCCAUUUCUGGUUCUGGCAGUGCCAACGCAGGGCCUCCACUGUUAACCCCGCAAAACCACCCAACUGAGGUGAUACCAGUAUCGCCUCCGAGAAGACCGACUGGACUUCAGCGAGCGACGUCACCCAACAUGUUUUCCCGUGGCGGAGGAGUGGUUCUCAAUAUUGGUAUGAUGGACGGUAUGAUGAUCUCCAAGUCGAUUGCAGAUGGCAAGCCUGGCGUCACAGUAUCAACAUCGGGAAUGGCUGCAUUUCCAAGGCGAAGGUCGCGAAGCGCGUCAAAUUCUAGUCAGCAUCGCCGAGACCAGAUAAUGCAAGCAGUACACGGUAAAAACGACAGUCCCCGUGAGCCGUCAGGGCUACAUGUGAGCCACAUUGAAGCAUCGGGUUCGACUCUCCGCACUGGAAGUGAAGACCCUAAUGCUCCGGGAUUAUUACUGACUCCAGGUGCUGCAGGUUCCGGAACAACUCGAGAACCCUUUACUGUUCGCGCCGCUGCUGUUGCUGAAGCAGCAGCCAACAUGGCCGUGUCAGCUGCUGAUACGAACUCUCAACAUACAUUUUCUUCCCAGCGUACACUGCGCCAAUUGCAGCAGCAUAUGUCGCAGUCCGACUCGGACGGCACUGAACAAUUGAAAAAUACCCACUCGAACGUCUAUACGAACAACAGCAGCCUCACCGCACCAUUGGUAACCAUCAUCAGUAGCAAGACACCAAUGCCACGCGAAGUACCUUCAAUUAACAAGAUAAAUCUGCAAUUGCACGAGAUGCAGGCUACACGAACCCCACAUGAAGGUCGCCCAGGAGUAUCAGUGUCAUCGCCACGGGUCAGUAAUGCGAUUAGCGCUCAGGCUAUAGGAAUCUUUAUCUCGUCGCAUCAACAACCGGCUAAACCUCCGAUUUCCCCACGAUCAACUCUUCUCGGAAGCAUUUUGAGCAACGAUCAUCAGCCCCCAAGGAAUCCUACAAACUUGCAACAACAUCAGCCAGACGAAAGCCAAUUGCUAGCUGCAACCGAACCUGUUCCAGUACCAGCAACCGCAAUGUCGCUGACAAUUAGUGGCAAACCGGCAGCCCCAUACUUCAGUGUCGAAUCAGUUGACCAACAUCCGUCAAAACUCAAAACCGAAAAAUCCCCUGUGUUGCUUAAAGAGGGUUCAAUAGCCCAUAUAUUCAACGGAGUGACGAGGGCCUCUCCGCUGAAAGAUGACUUGAAAGCACUGUUAUCACCUCGAUAUGUCGUCUCUGAACCCGUGGUUUCUUACCAUUCUACACCGCUUUCAACCCUCAAGCAGUCGAGUGUUCAACCACCCGGUUCAACUCGAGCAUUGGUCGGUAUCAAAACUAGCCCGCGAGUUCGACAUCACCCUUCUAGUCUAGCCAACGGUCCAGCAAGAAGUUACCUCCAGCAGCAUCGGCAGCAGCGGCCGUCCGAGCUGCAGGAACUCGUCAUCGCUCCGAAGCUCGGAUAG